AUGUCCAAAACGUCAAUCCAAACCGUUCUGUACCACCCCGGCCUCAGACAGUUAUUCCACCACUGGCUACCAGACAGCAAAUCAUUGAUCGCUAUCUCUAACCUGGAGGGUAUGUUUGAUCGAUUGGAGCUUGCGCCUGUCAUUUUGGAUUCUGUCACAGCCAACGCUUCAGGAGUAAGAGAAGAAGAGUUGAAGUUGCAGGACAAUGGUUUCUACAAUGAGAUACCGAGCCCCUGUUUCUUCGACCCCAGCAUGUCGAAUAUCAAUGACUCUCCUACUAAUUUCUCGCCUGAUGGGAAUUAUAAUUACCACAAAGCUAUUCUCGCCUUGUCUUUUAUGGAGAACCUUAAGGGAAGAACUCUCCAGGCGUACUUCGAUGGGCCCAGUCUUAGGGCUUGGAAAUCGCAAAUCUACAAUUUUGAACAUAUGGAUAAUGUCACUCGGAGUCGGAGGAUCAAUGCUUUCGUGCAGCACAUGACAAAUAGUCCUGUUGGCAACACUUUCGGUGGGGAAGAGGUUGUCCCAGAUUGCAGCGGAGGAGCGGAGGAUGCUUGA